AUGGCCUCUUCUGAUCUUGGCCACAAUCGUUACCCGGUAGAUCACCACCACCGACCAAAACAAGAAGAGUUUGAUGAUCAGCUGCUCACUCGUCCGGUUUCUACAUCCUCUGGGAAUUCGCAGUUCUUCGAUGAUACCGCUCUUUACCUUCCUGCAACCACGUAUACAAAUCCUGGUAGACAUUUACGGUCCAAACUGUCCAUAUCAACCAACCUAGGUGCUCGACCCGUGAAACCGUUUUAUGGUCAAAUCGAUGGCCCAGCUGAUGAAGAGGUUUCGGAGGCUUCGCCAGAUCCGCAUGAAUACUACCGCUCGCUCCAUGAUCCGUUUGCAGCAGGGACAGUGGGUCAAAAUAACCAACAUGAUAGGGUGAGGACUGCUAGGUCCAACAAUGUCUCCAAGCCAAAGUCGAGUCUGUCUUCGGUCCGGUCGAAUGGGGCUCCAACCCAAAACACAUCAAGGACAGAUAUUCGCCAGCCAUAUCAAGCUUCACCAUCUUCCCAGUUUCGCGAAGGCGCUCUGAUUUCUGCUAGGUCGAAGGCAAGCCUUCCUUCCUUGGACAAACCCAGGCAGGCGUCUUUCCAGGAUCUGGUGGCUAGAUUUGAUAGAGGAGGUGGGUCGCAAUCAGUGCAGACGAAAGUCGAGAUUGGAAACGGCUCGAGGAAUAUUAGUCCUGCAGCGAGCAUUGGGAACUCAGAUGGGAGCUCCCGCAAUGUUUCCCUCUCCAAAAAAGGGCAAACAAAAACGAGAUCAGCGGUACACAGGCCAUCCCAAGACUCGGUCAAUUCUUCGAAGCACAAGACAAGCCAGGUUGCAUACCAGAGCCCGGCCAAUCGCCGAGAAUCGGUUGACCUGGGCGUCAGUCGAACAGCUUCCAGAUCUGUGACUGAUCUUCGCCCGUCUCACCCAAAAGCACCUCGACGACCAUUGUUCGGGGAGGUUGUUUCCUCCAAUCCUACAAAAGGCACCUUUUCGUAUGGUAUAUCUCAGCCUGUGCUCCGACGAGGCUCGGUAGACUCCCCCAUGCACAGUCCGAAUUCGAUGUUUCCAAAGUCGGCCGUGGACUCCGAGGCGAACCUAUCUGCCACAUCUCCGGAUGCGUGGUAUCGAGGUUUCAACCCUACUCUCAAUGCUGGUACCAGUGGCUGUCAUUAUGAUGGAACAGAGUCUCAGCACCGGCGAGCGCAGAGCGAUGUGAGUGCGAUGCAGCGAAGCAUGCAAAGCGAGCCUUCCCAAAUCCAAAACAUGAUGCAGAGAAAGUCUCCGGUCGAGGCCGUCAAUCCAAACGCAGGUAUGGGUUCGAGGCGUAACUCCCAGUCUCGGAUACCCGUAAGGCGGCGACAUAGUCAUGCAUCCGACUCUGCCACAUCUGCACCCCAUUCCCGUACAAGCACGGUUCCAACCGGGCAUGCCACGCAUCAGGGAGACCUUUCAAGUACUCCGAUGUCGCCGCCAGACGCAUCGCAAGCGUCUGGCAGCCCCAGAAGAAAAGUUGACCCUCCAAGACGAACCGACUCGCCCAACAACGCUCCAGCGAGAGGAAGUAGGAAUCGAGCGGCGCAGCAAGAUCAGAAGAGUCCGCUGCUUCGUGCAAACAUUAUCGCUCCUCCACCGAAAAUAUCACCACCAUUGAGAAGCUCUAGACCUCGAAUACCUCUAUCUAAUGCGUCAACGACUUCUUCCCGUGCGAAGACCAUAGAAAGGUUGAGCACGAUGCAAAAGCAAAACCGAGAUCAUCCAUCUUCCAUCCCAAGAUCAAGACGACCUCCAGAACUGGACAACGUUGACCUUGAAGCUCGGCGGCGAAAAAUCACACAGGCCUUUAACAAAACCAUCCGAGAGAACGCGCAGAAAGAGAAAGUUGCAGCAGAUCGAAGGCGUAGAGCUAGAGAGAGGGCACAAGUUGAGGAAGCGGCCCAGCGCAAUGACAGCACUAGAACCAUUAGACCAGCAGACGUGUUUCGAAGGCAAUCAGCGGACAAAGACGCUGGACCCGAAGAAGUUGAGGGGGGCGGAGAUGUAUUCAGAACUCCAGGUGAGGAAUUCACGGCAAGUGAAAAGUCUCUGAGAGUGGCUGAUUACACGGUCUCUGCACAUCGUGCCAUUGAUACUGCCCAAGAGAAUGGAGAAUCUGGUGAAGGAAAUGACUCGCCUACCUUGGGCAGGCCGUCUGUAUUUCGUUCCAGGCCCGGCAGUCGGUCUGACAGCCCAAGUGAAGCAAAUGACAUGCCACCCUUGUCGGCAGUGACUGCUGACACGGACGGCACACUGUUCGACAACGAGCCCCAGAUUGAGCAGACCGAGCCUAGUUCAGUGAGCGGAACUGUCCUCAGUCAGAUCAUGAAUCUGAGAGACUUAAGCCCGACAGAUAGUCCGGCCAUGUCAGAUAAUGGUUCAGAGCAAGCCGAAAAGGAGUCCAUCCAGAUCAUGUUGCGGAACACCACUUACUAUGACCACACUGAAUCACCCAGCCAAGAGCGAGAGACAGAACAUGACCAUCAACAGACUUUCUUGACGGAGGACAAGUUGGAUCAGGAUAAGAUGGAGCAGUGCAGCAGCACCGGCUCUUGGACAUCAUCAAUACGGGAACGUUCAUCUGUUGAAGGGUUCGGGGAGCCUACAGUGGAGAAGUCGCCCGACCACAGUAUCCAGCGUAGAAAUCGUCAUUCUCCGUUUUCUACCAAGUCUAAUAGGGGAGGCAGUGUAGGAAGCCAAUCUGCAGCUGAAGCUGACGCCUACAAAUCUGUUAGCAGGGUUUUGGAGAAGGAAUAUUCUACUACCAGUGUAAACCGAAAUCAUUUUGGCGACAUUUACCAGAAAAUCCUUGAACAGUCGCCAGAUCUGGCCAGACAAGGCGGCUGGGAUACGCAGCGUGUAACACAGCUCUGUCUGCAGGAAAUAGACAGGAGUAAGUACGAAAGACUUUCAAAAGUUUCCUCUCCUUUCAAGAGAAGUCAAGAGACUAGCGACCAAGUUUCUGCCUCACCUCGUCCAGAUAGCGUUGCUCCUGAGAAAUACGUGCAGGGCCACAAAUACCGUGCGAGUUUGAACAACGCAGAAGAUUUUGCGUUCACCUCACCUUCAAUAGUGGACUGGAUGCAAUUUGCAGCUGCUGAUAGUCCAACAGAAGAUCGUGAGGGGACUGCGCCACCACUACCACCAAAGGACUCGAAAGCUUCUUCUGCCAGAGACGGUGCUUUGACUCCCAAGGCAGAGCACAACAGCGAGCUUUCCAGUGUUGGUCUCAACAUUCAUAUAAGAUCGCCCACCAAAACAGCUGUGUCACCAACACCGCCACCACUCCGACCUCCUUCUCAUUCUCCACCUCCGGUACCGUACUUGAGCAGGUCAAUCGACGAGAGCAGUGCCGCUUUUGGGCAAUCCCCAAGCAUUUAUGACGAUACUCCUCAUUCAAGCAAUUUUCCUCACAAAUCGCUCUCACCUCAGCAUCCACCAGUACCUCGAAGAAUCACUUCCUUAUCUCGAAUGGCUUCCCCAUACAAUUUCCCAGAAGGCCUUCCUAGCUCUUCGAAAGAUUCCAUGAUCGCCACUUCAGGCUCUUACCCAAGCGAACGUCCAAGCCUAGAACGUCCAAACCUGGAACGUCCAAGUCUGGAAGAGCCUACGCUUGACUUGGCUAGCCAGCGCGCCUCUCCUUCGCCAGAACAGAAGAGAGUCAUCCGGCGGAAACAUGUUAUAAAGGAGCUUGUUGAUACCGAAGCGUCAUUUGGGCGUGACAUGAGUGUGGUAGACGACAUUUACAAGGGAACGUCGAGCUCUUGUCUGGACCUAUCCGCCGAGGACGUCAAAAUUCUCUUUGGAAAUUCGGCACAAAUCGUCAAAUUCUCGAUAGACUUUUUGGACUCGCUCAAACAAGCUGCAAAGAGUGUUUACAUCAUGCCAAAAUCUCAACGAUUUCAAAGUCAAAGGGCCAGCCGUGCUGCUUCCGCAAGUACCCUCGCAACUACCACGUCCGAUGAUCAAGCUGGGACAGAAACCGAUCAGCCGACCGAAUUUGAGAAGGACCACAGGACCCAUAUUGGUGAAGCUUUCAAGAAAAAUCUAGGUGCUAUGGAGAAAGUCUACACUGUCUACCUCAAGAAUCACGACGCCGCGAACCGGAAACUGCAGUCACUUCAACAAAGUGCGACGGUCGAGAUUUGGCUGAAAGAGUGCCGACAGUAUGCGGCCGAUCUUACCAACGCAUGGGAUCUUGAUUCACUUUUGGUGAAGCCAGUUCAAAGGCUGCUAAAAUAUCCCUUACUUAUAGGUCAGCUCCUGGAGUCCACCCCUGAUGACCAUCCAGACCGAGAGGCCAUAAAAGAUGCUCUGCGCGAACUGACUGAAAUCUCCGUUCGGAUCAAUGAGAUGAAAAAACACUCUGAGCUCGUCGAGCAGGGCCUCAAACGAAAUCGAAAGGAGUCAGAUGUUCGCGGGGGAAUAUCAAAAGUCAUCAAUCGGCAGACAGAGAAGCUUAAGCAAAACGUCGGCGUUUCAAAAGUGGUUGAGGACAGAGAAUAUGCUCAAGUACGCGACAGAUAUGCUGAAAACCUCGCACACCUGAUUGUGGUCAGAGAAGAUGUGAGAACAUAUAUGGGUGUGGCUAGCAGGACUACGCAACGCUUCAACGAGCUCGCUUUGGCAGUCGAUGGCUGGAUCGAUGUCGGACAUACGAACUAUCCCGAGAAAGAAAGCAGGUGGCGUCAAUUCGGUAUGAUCGUGCGAGAGCUGGUGACCGUGGCAAUCCCCGAGCAUAUCGGAGCAAUUCAGAAAGUCGUUGUGGAUCCCAUGACAGCUGCUGCUAAGAUGCUGGAGACUUUGUCGAAGGAUCCCAAAGGUCUGAUCCAGAAGCGUGACAAGAAAUCUAUAGACUAUGCUCGAUGGAAGAAUAUGAAAGACCGUGGAGAGAAGAUCGACAAGAAGACUAGUGAUCGCAUGGAAGAAUGGGAGGCCUUGAACAGAGAGGCGAAGGACAGGAUGUUGAAACUGAUUGAUCUUACUGGUCAUCUGGCACAAGGCUGUCUGAGAAGUUAUGUGCAGAUCCAGCGCACCUGGCAGAUGAUCUGGCAGCGCAAACUGGCGGCCGUGGUCGGAGUUUCGACACCUGAUGUAUCGAAGAUUGCCAAGGAGUGGCAGGAAGACUUUGACUAUCACGAAGCUCAAGCCUUGUCACUGGGCAUCUGUAACGGUUCUCUGGUUUCAGAAGUUGUCAACCUCGUCACUUUCGCCACGCCAAUCAGUAAUUUCGAUGGCGCCAGCUCACCUCGACAGCCGUCUUGGAAUGGGGCAGGCAAGCGCUCAUUUUCCAUCAAUAGUGACGCAUCUCCCAAUUUCAGCACUGAAUUCACUCCACGUCACAGUGGCAGCUUCACAGCCUCACCCAUGGCCGAGACCUAUGAUCGAGCAUCACAUUCACUUCCUGCUCCCCGUAUGCGUGGCGUUUCGGCUGCCUCCGGUCCCAGCACUCUUUCAGAGAUCAUAGUACGCAAUGGCUCCACGACAGCUCUCAACAACACCGCCAACCAAGGAGCGUCAAUCAAUCGCCCUUCGACCAGCGCAGGGAGCAGCGGACAUAGAUCACCCAUGCCACCACGUCUGAGCCUUGACGCCCCCUCACCCACCAUCGGCGUCAUCAAACCGAAGACCACCACUGCUCGUCCAGACUCCGGCUCAACGUUUUACUCUGCGAACGGCGGCCGCGCUCCUGGCUCAGAAACCCUCUCACCAUCACCAAUCCCACACACCACCACCGACUCCAUCACCUCCGACGUCUUCUCCUCCGCUCUCCCCAUGUCCGAAUCCCCUUUCACAGCAACCCCCUCCACCACAACCACAAGCACUAACAAUGAGGACCGCCGAAUCGACGUCCUAUUCCUCGCCGCAUCUGUCUACGAGUUCAAUAUUGACCGCUCUCGCCGCGAAGCCGGCUUCCCCUACCUCACAUACGUGACGGGCGAGAUCUUUGAUGUGAUUGCGGAGAGGGGGGAGCUGUGGUUGGCGAGGAAUCAGGAUGACCCGGAGAAGCAAAUUGGCUGGAUUUGGAAUAAGCAUUUCGCCAAGCUAACGGAGACCUGA